AUGGAACAAAAUAAUGGCAGUGGAGUGACUGAAUUCAUCCUCCUGGGACUUGCUGGUCAGCACAGGUCCUGGCACAUCCUCUUCACAGCCUUUCUCAUCAUCUACGUGGCCACCCUGGUGGGCAAAGCUGGGAUGAUCCUGCUCAUCAAGGCUGACCCCGCCCUUCACACGCCUAUGUACUUUUUCCUCCAACACCUGGCUUUCGUGGACCUCUGUUACUCCUCUGCCAUCACUCCCAAGAUGCUGCAGAACUUCGUGAGCAGGGACCAGUCCAUCUCCUUCACUGGAUGCUUGGUGCAGUUAUUGGCCUACGGGAUUUUCAUUACCAGUGACAGCUUCAUCCUGGCACCCAUGGCUGUGGACCGCUAUGUGGCCAUCUGCAAACCUCUGCGCUACCCAGUAAUCAUGUCCCAUAGAGUCUGCAUUCAGCUGCUGCUUGGUUCAUACUUCAUGGGCUUCCUAAAUGCUUCUGUAAAUGCAGGUCUGACUUUCUCCUUGGACUUUUGCAAAUCCAAUGUAAUUAAUCACUUUUUCUGUGAUAUACCUCCGAUUCUUGCUCUAUCAUGCUCCAGCAUUGACUUCAGUAUUAUGGUCCUGACUGUCUUUGUAGGAUUAAACUUGACACUCAUUGUGUCUGUCGUCAUGUUUUCCUACAUGUGGAUCCUGGCUGCCAUCCUCAGGAUGUCUUCGGCCGCAGGAAGGAGAAAAGCCUUCUCCACAUGCACCUCACACUUGACGACGGUCACCAUCUUCAUUGGGACUCUGGCUUACAUAUAUGUAUUCCAUGAGACCAAUAGGUCCCAAGAGCAGGAAAAAGUGGCUUCUUUGUUCUAUGGAAUUAUGAUUCCCAUGUUAAACCCUCUCAUCUACAGCCUGAGAAACCAAGAUGUGAUCGCAGCCAUGAGACACAUGGGAACCAAGUGUUUCUCAGCAUGA